ACUGCUCACUGAUGACAACCCUGGACGGGGCGAGGCGGCGAUCCCGGUGUGGCCCUCAUCCAUCAUCGCUAUGGGUAUUACCACAGCGUUCUUUCUGAACCAAGCCCUGAUCCCGUACUAUCUGAAACCGGUCCACCUAGAGGAGACACGGACUAUAAAACACUGCAGUUGAGUGUGUCGCUGCACCAGAGCCCGGCUCAGCCCCUCUCUCCUCCAGUAAAGCUGAGGAGGAUGAUGAUGAUGAUGAUGAUGAGAAACAUCUAGGCAUGAGAAGUGUUUCCCCAGCCGACAGCUCGGACGUUUGCUCGACCCUGAUCUGUUUUUCCUGAACCAGGACGAUGCCUGCAAUGUGUGCGUCCGCAGUGCUCUUAUAUACAGUGCUGGUUGACAUCUCAGCCCGGGUUUUGACCACAAACAGCCCAGCUGACCAGCACCUCCUCUCUCCCCGCAAAUAUCAGCAUACCGACCCCGACUCGGGCACCCAGCAGGUCUGCGACAAAUGCCCAGCGGGCACCUACGUGUCCGCACACUGCUCCUUGGCAGGGGUGAGGGAGUGCAGCCCCUGCCCUGAAGGCACCUUCACACGUGGCGAGAACGGGGUCCAGCAAUGCCAUCGCUGUCGGGCUCCGUGUCCUUCAGGCUUCGUUGAGAAGGUGCCCUGCACGGCCACCCAGGGCCGCGUCUGCACAUGCCCCCCCAACAGCUUCUUGUUGGGGGAUGGUGGCACAGAGUGUAAGCCCCACUCACUGUGCCCUCCGGGGACCAGGGUGAAAAAGCGGGGCAGUGAAACGGAGGACGUGCUAUGUAAGCCAUGCACCAAGGGGACUUUCUCAGAUGUGGAGUCGAGUGCGGUGAGGUGCCAAACCCACACAGACUGCCAAGCUCAGGGGCUGGUGCUGCUCACACCAGGGACUAAAUAUACAGAUAAUGUCUGUGGACCCGCUUCUACAUCUGUCUCCACAACCGCCCUACAGGUGCCACGACAGGCUGUGCUUGUACAGAAAACCAUGACUUCUUCAUCCUCUCCAUCAUCAUCAGUGAUUGGACCUGCACACAAAGGCACCUACAGCCAGUCAGCUGCCAUUCAGCUGAGGGGAAACCUGGAUGGGGAAGACCACCGUGCUGAGCGGCAACUCCUCAGCCGGCCUGGCACUCCCACCCCACCAAAUCAUGACCCCCCACGGACUCCACCGCUCCUAGCCCAAGAGCACCAGCAGGAGCAACCCAAUUCUGACCCUGUGCCAGGCCCCAGCAAGAGGGCGAUGGAGGGUCUGGAGGGUGCUGAGAUAGUCAGGGUUGGGACAGGUAUAAACAAGGUAGCCGGGCAGGGGAGUGGAAGUGGUGGAGUCUCCAGUUACUAUAGGCCCACUCGUAGGGGGUCCCCAAGGCCGAGCACCCAUAAUGACUUUGACAUCAACGAGCAUCUCCCCUGGAUGAUAGUGCUGUUGCUCCUGCUGGUGCUGGUGGUGAUUGUGGUCUGCAGCGUGAAGCGGAGCUCUCGCGUUCUGAAGAAGGGCCCCAUGCAGGACCCUAGCAGCAUCAUGGAGAAGGCAAUUCAGAAGAAACCAUCUGCACCUCCAACGCAGGUCAAGGAGAAGUGGAUCUACUACUCAAACGGACAGGGGGUGGAUAUCCUAAAGCUGGUGGCGGCUCAGGUGGGCACCCAGUGGAUAGACAUCUAUCAGUCACUUGCCAAUGCCACAGAGAGGGAGGUGGCCGCCUUCUCCAACGGCUACUCGUCAGAUCAUGAGCGGGCGUACGCUGCGCUGCAGCACUGGACCAUCCGGGACAGCGAUGCCAACCUUGCCAAGCUGAUCAACGCCCUGCACCGACAGCGCCGCAUCGACGUGGUGGAGAAGAUCCGCUGUGUCAUGGAGGACAACCCACAGUUUGACAUCAACCAGCUGAUGACCUCAGUGAAUGUAAGCCAAAGCCUCAGUCCCAUCCACAAGCCUCUGGAGUCCCCCAGCAGCGUUGGCAGCGGCAGCCACAGCGGCAGCAACAGCGGCAGUAGCGUGGGCGGGGCCAGCGGCGUGGGCGUGGAGCAGUCCCCGGUGGACCGCACCAAAGGCUUCUUCCCCGAUGAGUCGGAGCCCCUCCUUCGCUGUGACUCCACCUCCAGCAAAGACUCCGCCCUCAGCAGGAACGGCUCCUUCAUUACCAAAGAAAAGAAAGACACUGUGCUGCGGCAAGUGCGUCUGGACCCUUGCGACCUGCAGCCCAUCUUCGACGACAUGCUGCACAUCUUAAACCCAGAGGAGCUGCAUGUCAUCGAGGAGAUCCCGGCUGCCGAGGACAAGCUGGACCGGCUGUUUGAGAUCGCAGGAGUCAAGAGUCAAGAGGCCAGCCAGACGCUGCUGGACUCGGUCUACAGCCACCUCCCUGACCUGUUAUAGUGGAGGAAGGAUAAAGAAACCACACAGAUGAGAAUUGGUACAAGAAUUAAAAGGAACGUGUCAGUGGGAGGGAUGAAUCAGAUUUGAUCUGACUGGUCCUGUCACUCUGUCACAUGAUUUGAGCUGGGUGUUGUAGAUAAGGUCUCUCCAAGGACUCUUUCAAAUGUUUCCUGGUACUACUCUGUACACUCCAAUCAUCUGUUGUCUUGUGUGUGCACACUAUUACUCCUUCAAAACCUCCAUCCUCCACCAUGAUACAGGGUCAACGCUCAAUGUAAUGGAAGCAUUCUGGUUGUCAAAGCAAGGACUAUUUUUACUUUUCUUAAGUAUGUUCAGCCUUGUUUAAGGUGAUAUUAUGCGAGCAUUGUGACCUUAAAAAUGAGGCUGAAGAGCCUCCAGACACCAACAAAAAAAAAAAAAAAGCUGGUAUGAAGAAAAGCUGAACACAUGGAAAAACAUAAAAAGCACUUUCUUUAUCUUAACUGGCCAAUGCCUUCACCUUUAAAGGAUAAUACCGGUGUUUUUUGCUGGUUGUGCCAAUCAUCAAGGCUUCCUUUGCCUUUAACAUCAUGUCAGUGUUAAAACAAAUUCAUUUAACAUGGUGGUUGUUGCUAAAUGAUUGCAAGAAAGGAAACUACACACAGACUAUAGUAAGCUGUUAUUCUAAAUGACACUGGUAUUAUUCUUGGGGUUCAAUGGGGUUUAGCGGUUCUUGUAAACCACCGUCACAGAUAAUUUGACCAGGUAUGAACUGACUCGUAAGUCAUGUGCCUGAGCUUGUAAGACGCCCUUUUCUCAGCCCAUGAGCCCUCUUUUUUUCCCUUCCUCUCCUUCCAGUUGCCUGUACCUGAAUCAGAUCAUCUGUGGGUCUGAGCAUUUUAACUUCUAACCACUCCAGCAGGGGGCAGUGUUAAAUGAGAUGGCUGGCCUGCUGCUCUGGAACCAAAGCCAUAUAUCAAAAAUACUGGAUUAAACGUCAAAAUAGUGUACCUUAUCUAAUAUUAUGAUAUAUGGCUUUGUUUUUGUUUGCUUUUGGACAGAGGCUUCUAAACUAACAGUGGACUAGACAGGAAAAAUGGUUUAGAUACAUUGCUUUGGAAGCUGUUGGACUCAUGGACAGUAGGCUAUACAAUAAAUACUUCUACCAGUGCACACAUUCAGAUCUCUGCUAGCAAGCCCCGUUCGCCUCAACAAAUGUAGCGUUGAUAAAGUGUUCUUGAUACAUUUUGGAGCUUCAUGUCGGUGUGGUGGAUGUCUGGGUGUUUCAGUGCUAUAGUAGAAAUAUGUGAUUUCUUUUCAUGCAUUGGUUAUUGCUACAUGCGCUACAUAGUUGAUAUUAAAAUGUAAUAAUGAUGCACUAAUUCUAUUUUCUAUUGAAAAGGCAGACAUGUAUUGUGUCCUUCAUUUUCUUUUUCUUUCUUCCUGAAAUGCUGUUAACUAACAUUUAAUUUUGUUGUAAUGUUUUCUACUUUUAGUUUACUAUUUUUAUGUUAUUGUAGCAGCUCUGUUAUCAUUUUGACUUCUUUGUAUCUCAUGUUGUCAUGGGCAUUCACAUGUAUUUCCCCCCGCUUGGCGUGACAAGAUGACCUGGCUGGGAUGUAAGAUAUGCAUACUCCAUACUCUACUUGAAGUCUGUCCACUUAUGUUACUUGAUUUAAAUGAGGAAGAAAUAAUGUACUCUGAGUUCCUUCCAAGUUCAUCGUUAUUAAAAUAAUGAUAAAACUGAAAAGCACCACCAAAAACUCACCCGCGUUUGGAGAGGAUGUUGCAGGCACCAUGAGAGCAGCAUAUGAUGGACUCUGUUUUCACCAAGCCAGUUACCAUAAAAGCUCCAGUGGUGCUAGAUGUAAACUCUUACCAGUUGGCCUGAAACAGGGGUUCUUAACCCUGGACUAAUGACUAUUUAAAGUAUUCCAGACUGAGUGAACAAGAGUGAAGGCUGUGCUGCUGUGGAUUGUGGGAUGAUGACAGUGAUGGUGAUGAUGAGAAUGUGUGAGCUUGCUCUCCGCGUCUCUGUGGAGACUCAAACUGCAGGGUGUGAGCUUUUUAUUUUCCUAAGGAAGUCUGAAAGGAUGAAGGUGAGAUGUGAAUUGCACAUGCGGCUCGAGUGGAUGAUUUCAUCAAAUUUCACGUGUGUAACCAGUAUGUUUACUACUAUGUAACCUCUUAAAAUCAACCAAUUAAAGCUCAAAACAUUUGUCAUAA